AUAUCGACUCUGGGGAUCGGAUCGCUUGUCGUGUGCUGUUCGAAUAUCGACAGAUUCUUGAUCUUGACUUGACGUUCUUGGCAGCCAAAUAUAAAGAUGAGCACUUCCGGAGAGGCUUGUAUGAAAGAAGAGGACAAAUCUUCAUCUUGCAGCAAUCCCAAGAAACAUGUAUUAAUUGGCUGCACAGGGAGCGUAGCUGCUAUCAAAAUUCCUCUUCUUAUUCAGGAAAUUUUGAAGAUAGGACAAGUUGAGGUAAAAAUUGUGGUGACGGAGCACGCCCUCAAGUUUUUCGAUGUGGCAGUAUUACCACCAGAUGUUCAGCUUUACAGGGAUCAAGAUGAAUGGGAGGUGUGGAAGGCCAUCUCCGAUCCAGUCCUACAUAUUGAGUUAAGACGUUGGGCCGAUGUGAUGGUCAUUGCUCCUCUGGAUGCCAAUACUCUUGGCAAGAUAGCCAGUGGAAUCUGUGAUAACCUUUUGACAUGUGUUGUGAGGGCAUGGGACAUGAAGCGCCCUCUCUUGUUCUGCCCAUCAAUGAACACUCACAUGUGGGAUCAUCCAAUCACCCAGCGUCAGGUGUCAGAGCUGAUUUCCUUGGGUUAUUCUGAGAUCCCUUGCGUAGAGAAACUACUGGCUUGUGGAGACAAAGGUUUUGGAGCCAUGGCAGAGGUUACAACGAUUGUGGACAGAGUGAAGGAUGUCAUCAACAGAUGAACUGACAGAGUUCAAAGGUCACCUACUUGGUCCCACCCAGCCAGGAGUGAGGUCAGCUACUUGGUCCUGCCCAUCCAGGAGUGAAGGAUAUCACCAAUAGAUGUACUGACAGAGGUCGAUGGUCAGCAACUUGGUCCUGCCCAUCUAGGAGUGAAGGCAAUCUGCAGGAGAUGAAAGUGAGAUGGUGUCCACUGCAUGGUGAUAUGCAGGAAGAGCUCAAACAAUGGUGAUUAAAGGAAGUCGAUGUGAAGAGGUUUGCGGAUACACUAAGAAGAUGAGGUAGUCCUUAAGAGGACUGUUUUGUUAUUGUUUGAUAUAAUUUCCAAAAAAAAACCUUUGUUCUUGUCAUUUUAAUUAGUAUGCUCCCUUCUUCAGCUUUAAAGAAUCCAUAAGAAUAGGAUCUGUGCAUUAGUUCUGCAAAUUGUACACAAAUAGUCCAUUAUAAUCAUUCUUAUUCCUUUUAAUUAUUUAAUCUUUUAAUAAAAAAUGAUGCCUGUCAUGCACCUGAGUGGGAUUCCUUGAUAUUAGUGCAGAUAUUCUCUUUCCCAUACCUGAUCAAUGAGAGAACGAUCUUUACACAAUCUAUGUAGGUCGGCCAAAUUGUGGAGUUUUCCCAAGAGAUUCUUUUUUACAUGUCUUCUUUGAAGCUCUCAUAUGAAGCCAUUAACAUAUUAAAGUCCACAAUGGCCAUGGCUUCAUCCAGUAUUUCCUUUGUUAUUUCAUUCUUGGAAGAUGUCCUUGGAUACUUCUGAUAAACUGGAAAAUGCAGCGUUCUCUCCAGUAGUUGACAAGAAUCUGUCAUAAAGAAGCCUUAAAAGAAGACUUGAAAAAAAGCUUAACCCCAGAAAAUACACUGUAGGUGGGGAUUAAGGCUGAAUUUCCCAGGGUUUUUAACCUAGUCCACUUCUGUUUCAGGCACAUUCAUUUGGCGGUGUGGCAAACUAAUCAAUAUUCAAGAGCUGUGUGAUACUAGUAGUCCGGGGUUCAGGUGUUUUAAUAAACCAGCUAUAAAGCAAAUAAUGUGGGGUUGAGACAGUCUGAAACCAGGAAUAAAAUAUAGUAUAUGGUUAAGGUGAGUCUAGGGUUAAGGAUGGUACAGGAUUAAGAAACUGAAGUCUGAAAAAUAAUAGGGUUACCUGUCUUCUCUAGAAAGAUCCAGCAGAGCUUCCCAAAUGCUAUAUCCCCCAAGGAGAAUGUAAUUGCCCUCUUCAGAGUUUUCCUGUUCCAAGGAACUAUCCGUCAUGACAGGGAGAACUGGCAGGUGGAUCCCCUUGCUCCCUUUGAUAGUGGCCUUGAAAGUCUCCACUCUGAGGUGAUUUGCUUCUAAAAGAGUAAGCCCCUUUGCAGCCUUCUUUAUUGUUUGCAGGGGCACACAAUCACUCCUGUAUUAAUAAGUGGAUUGAAAAAAAAUUAUAGUUAUUUAGAGCAGUUUAUUUAAAAGUGUUUAGAAUUGAUACGUACAAUAUUCAUUAUUAACCCUAUCUUAACUAGGCUAUUUCAGACCAGGAUAUACAGGGGGGGGGGGGGGGGGUUCAAUAAUGCAAUCGUGACUGUAAAUGAGACUGUUACUAACAUUUUUCAGUUACUCAUGGAUAGGAAUAUCUCAUCAAUAAAAUAUUGUUAUUCCUACCAGAAAAAUCAUCUUUUUAAAAACCUUGUACAGUUUAUAAACCAUUGGCAGGGAAACUAUUGCAUAUAACUUUAAGCAUACAUUAUCACUUGCGCCCUUGAUGGUACAUGUACUUGAGAUUGGUCCUAAAAAAUUAUGAAAAUACUUCAUAUGGUACAAUCAGAUCUAAUGUCAAGAAAACAUGUUAACACAAAGUGAAGUAUAUUCGAAUAAAAUGUGACUUGCUAUGCUUUCUACCUCAUAUACAUGUUGGUCAUUUGUCACCCUUUUCAUCUGGAUGUAACAUUUACAAACAUGGCAGUCAGUGGCUUAUUGCACUUAUGACGCAUUAUGAUUUCAAUUAUAGGCUGCAUUCACUAAUUUAAAAGCAUUUGAACUAAAAUUAUACUGGUAACAUAUUACAUAGGGAAUUUUACAUCCUGUGAAAGAAAUAAUCACACAAUGAUAAAUAAGUAACAACUUAAACAGGUCACCUGGAUUGGUACAAUAAUAAAUCCUGUUUGGACAACUUUAUUUUUUUACAGUUAAGUGAUUUUCCAAUUGUGCCGAAAUAGUUUUUUUCAGGGCAAUUCCAAAUUUCAUUACUAAAUCUUAGCAUUCUACUUGUACUUCUGAAAAUUAGAACAAAUAAUUGUACUGAUUACCCCUGUGGUUUUGUGGUAGUUAAUAUACAUAUUUAUAAACUACCUGAGUGUAUUUAUUUUCUUGCAAAAUUGUUCAUAGGGCUACUUGCUGUAGGCCUCCACCAGCCUGAUAUUUGGCUAUUUACUGGCUACUUAUUGUUGGCUUUGGGUUGGCUGGUCACAUGACAUCCGACAUUGAUGAAAUUUUCUGGCCCCUUUAAAAAAAAAAAAAUUACUGUUUAUAAAACAGUAAACGGCAGUGGAGGUCAAUCGCAUUUUUGCACUCUUUGACGGCUCUUUUUCUGUCAGGGGGCUGCAACUCCAUACAUUUCCAUGGUUGUCUCGAGUACAUAGGAAAGGAGCCCCUGAUCAAUUUGUUGUACAUUUGGUCUCUUGCUUACCUUGCUCGUCUUGCCAGCACAGUUGCUCUGUGCUAGGAUCUCAUUGGUUAUUAAUCUGCAUACCAACUUUUUAGCAAAGUUCUUCAUUGAAGAGGAGUUUGCCUGGAAAGACAUCAAAGUUGCAGAUGACAGAGGGAUUGUUGCCUCCUUGGAUGCACUAAUAUCAUCCGAUUCGGCUACGGAUGAUGCUAUGGGUUCGGCUACGGGUACGGCUACGUGGAUAUUUUUAUUGAAGUUGCUGUUCAAUUUUUCAAUGUUGCCAUUCAACCUUUCUAAAGCAACUGCAAUCCUAUACAAACUUUUUGACACUGAUUUACUACCAUAAUAGCUUUUGCCGUUCUUUCUCUCCUCUCUCUCGCCCCUCUCACUCACUUCAUCCACCCACUCACUCUCUUAGCAAUGUACUUGUACUUCUG